GACCUUGUGACCUUGUGUGAGUCUGAGAUGCUUCAGAUCAGGCUCUGAGGGCAGUUGGGUCCCUUAACUGGCUGAGUUAAUCUUGGGGAGCACGUGCCUGUGAUGUCAUCUCAGGAAUGCAAUGAAGGCUCCGCUGUGCUCCUGAAGGACCUGUGAGGCGUCACAACACCAGUCACCAUGAUUGGAGGCCCCGAGGAUGGACAGGGAGGGGCCCUGAGACCAGGGCGGCAGGAAGCAAAGGGCAGAGGAUCUGGCCCCGAGGAGGAGCUGCUCUCCCUUCCCAGAUUCUCCACUGUCCCCAGCUGCUCCACCUCCACAUCUCUGGACUUGGCCCUUGUCCCGCUGCCAUGACGGACACGCCGGUGGAGGAAUCCCUCUUCCAGAUCAUCCGCAGCUACCAUCAGUACGCGGCCCGGGAGGGGGACGUGGAGACCCUGUCCCUGGAGGAGCUGAGGGCCCUGCUCAUGGACAACGUGCCCCGCUUCAUGGAGAGCCUGGACCAGCCAUGUGGUUACCCGGCUCCCUGGGGACGGCAAGGCCAACCCGAGUGUCUGCCCUUGGUGCCUGCGGUGCCAGGCCCCCGGGGCCGGAGGAAGCCGUACUUCGUCUCCGAGCUGUUCCGGGCGGCGGACAAGGACAAGGACAACCAGAUCUGCUUUGACGAGUUCCUGUACGUGCUGGGCCGGCUGCUGAGGGACUACCACCUGCAGUACCACCGGCAGCUGUGCGCCCGCUACUGCGCCCAGCACGGCCUCUACUAGGGGAGCAGGGCAGCCAGCCAGCCAGCCUGUGAGGGGA